AUGGCAUUCGAGCAAAACUGCACCAGGAGAUGCGGUAGCAUCGACGUUCCCUACCCGUUCGGCAUCGAGCCUGGCUGCUACCGGGACGGAUUCGACCUCUCCUGCGACGUAACCGAAUCCAAACUCUACGCUGGCAACAUACAAGUCAUCGGUGUGGAUGUUCCGAAUGGGCAAGCAAGAGUGUACAAGCGCAUAUCUUGGGACUGCGACGACUCCGUCUUCCCAGCCAAAGUAUCAAUCCCAAUGGACCUUACUGGUUCGCACUACACGUUCUCCGACACCCGCAACAAGUUCACGGCCAUCGGAUGCGACACCAUCGCGCUCUUCGUCGGUGCCACUGAUCAGUCCUAUUCGACCGGCUGCGUGUCUAUCUGCAACGACAACACCACUUUCAACAACGGUUCCUGCUCCGGCGCCGGCUGUUGCCAGACCUCCAUUCUCCGUGGGCUUCAAUUCUUCAACAUAACCUUUUCCUCCACCGGCCACGAGGACAUCUCGUGGGACAACCCCUGUAGCUUUGCUUUCCUCGUCGACGGCAGUUGGUACUCCUUCCGAACAACCGAUCUCAAUGGAACUGACUUCUUUUACAGAAAUGACGACCGCGUUCCGAUGGUGCUGGACUGGUCGAUAGGCGACGACGUGGGAUGCGAGGAAGCACCGCAAAAUUUGACCUCCUACGCAUGCCGCAGCAAUAACAGUUCCUGCCUCAACGCCACCAAUGGCAUCGGAUAUCUCUGCAAUUGCUCGGGCGGUUAUCACGGCAACCCCUACGUGGAAGGCGGAUGCGAAGGUCUCCCUCUUUCUUCUCUCACCAUGUAG